AUGUCCACCCCAGCUCCAAAAGCACCAGUGCCUGCAAACCCUUGGCGUUACUAUGAAUCACUGCCUCUGAGUACAAGCAAGGCCCAGAAAGCUCUGCCGGGCGGCAGCACGGCGGUGGCGGUGGCGACGGCGAUCGCACCACCACCGUUUCCACCACCACCGUUUCCACCACCACCGUUUCCGCCACCAUUGUGGUACCAGCAGUACGCAGCCAUCACGCCCGGCAUGCCACCAUUCCAGGGCCGCCGUGGAUCACCCGCCAUUCCAACAAGAAUCCAGCCGCCACCGCCGCAGCGGAACGCAGGCCCUAGCACCGGCGUGUUCCACCAGGGGGCCAGUCAUAAUGGACCAACCCUAGGGCCGCCCCAGCAGCAGCAGCAGCAGCACUACACAGUCCCCGCCGCUCUGGCGCUGGGCGGUGGCAAGCAGGAGGAGGUACCUGUAACCAUCCAGCAAGAGCCAAAAGAUUUGCCUCCCUCUGACGAGAGCGGUGAGGACGAGGAGGUACUUGUAACCAUGCAACGAGAGCUAGAAGAUUUGCCUCCCUCUGACGAGAGCGGCGAGGACGAGGAGGUACUUGUAAUCAUCCAACAAGAGCUAGAAGAUUCGUCUACCUCUGGCGAGAGCGGCGAGGACGAGGAGGAGGGAAGCCAGAGUGAAUCUGAUGGGUCGGGAGAGGAGGAGGGAAGCCAUAGUGAAUCUGUUUAUGAGGUAGACUUUAACCAUUACGAGGGCUAUCACCAAGCUUGCGAGGACAACGACGAUGAUGAAGACGAUGAGGACGAGGAUUUUGAGGACGAUGAGGACGAGGAUGAUGAGGACGAUGAGGAUGAUGAUGAGGCUGAUGAUGAGGAUGACGACGAGGAUGAUGAGGAUGAUUAAACUGUCAUACCCUAAAUACCUCGGUAGGUACUAGGUACGGUACCGUACCUAAAAGAGUGCUAGACCUAAGAGCUAUUAGGAAGAGGUAUGCAAAACGGUAAUAGGUGGCCAAGUUGAGUGUCUUCUACCUAUUUAAUAACAUGGUACGAAACCCCACAUCUCCAAUUCAAGAAGCGAAAACAGGGAGG